AUGUGGAAUGAAGGAAACAAUGGAUUAUUUAUAUCACCACAAAAUUUUUGGUUUUUUGAGUACUUUAUUGAGAAAUGUCCAACUCAAAUGAGGAAAUGUUUGAAAGUGGAUAUGAAAGUGAAAUAUCAGCACUGGAACCAUGUCUGUGAUGUUUUGCAAGAUUGUCGCAUCUCUUUAGAAACUGUCAUUAGGGUUUAU